UAACAGGUGGUAGUGCGUCACUUCAAUUCAGUAAUAUUUUUGUCGUUAUUUUGCGGCAUAUUGUAUAUUAUAGUCAAAAUUCUUUAAUUAUUGUGUUUUUUGUCCAUAGUUAAUUAUAUAUUUCGUUAAAAUUCAGUGAUUUCUCGGUCUCUUUCCUUCUUUUUCUUGAUUACGUACUUUCGAUAUCGCGACUGCUCGUAUUUCGUGUUUCGCAAUUUGGAGUUUCAUUGUCUGCAUCGUACUAAUUCAACUUAGGUAACGCACAGAUGAUACAUUCGGGACGAUACAAGUUGGCCAGUUGCCUCUCGCCGAACAGGGUAAAGAGAGAGCAAAGUGCCAAUCCUCGAUCGACCCGCACGCCCAUUUACCAUCGAUAAUAUAAGACGAAGAAACCGAAUGGACACGAUUAAACAAUCAUCGAUAUAUCAUCGCACACGGACGGCAAUCGAGGAAUCUGGAGAUAUUGGGGCAAAUAUCGGGUCACCAUCACGGAACGCAGUAUGCAUCGAUGUCGGAGAAUUACAAGAACAACUCAGACUUACCCAGGUUCGCUGAGGAAAUCCAGAACGUGACCGUGAGCAAAGGUCGAGAUGCUUUGCUAGCCUGUAUAGUGGAUAAUCUACGAAACUUCAAAGUGGCAUGGGUGCGCGUCGAUACGCAGACUAUCUUAUCCAUCCACCAUAAUGUCAUCACGCAAAAUCCACGGAUCUCGUUGUCGUAUAACGAUCACCGUACAUGGUAUCUUCAUAUAAAAAAAGUUGAAGAAGUGGAUCGUGGAUGGUACAUGUGUCAGGUGAACACAGACCCGAUGAGAAGUCGACAGGGUUAUUUGCAGGUUGUAGUGCCACCUUCCAUUAUCACGAAGGAAACGAGCACGGACAUGGUUGUCCGCGAAGGUUCAAACGUGACAUUGACGUGUAAAGCUUCAGGAUAUCCGGAACCUUACGUCAUGUGGCGGAGAGAGGAUGGGAAAAACAUAAACUACAAUGGAGAGAGCGUGAAUGUCGUGGAUGGCGAGGUGUUGCACAUCGUGAAGAUAAGUCGAUUGCACAUGGGAGCAUACUUGUGCAUCGCUUCGAACGACGUUCCACCGCGAGUUAGCCAACGCAUAUCUCUUCGCGUGCAAUUUCCUCCUAUGCUUUCGAUACCAAAUCAAUUGGAAGCAGCAUAUAUUGGACAAGAUGUCACGUUGGAAUGUCACACAGAAGCUUAUCCUACCUCGAUUAAUUAUUGGACGACCGAACGUGGCGACAUGAUUGUCUCCGGCAAUUACCAUUCUAUUGCAGGUGAUAAAUAUGAGGCGGUGUCCACCGACAACGGGUACAACAAGUACAUGAUGCUGAAGAUUAGAAAUGUCGGGCCGAGGGACUUUGGCUCGUACAAAUGCGUGGCACAAAAUUCUCUCGGUGGAACUGACGGGGACAUUAAAUUAGAUGAGAUUCCAGCACCAUCUACGACGUCCACGACACCGCCACCCUAUCACGUGACUACAUCGAUGAAGAAGAACGGUAGAAACGGUAACAAGAAAUUACGACAACGACCUAUCGACUACGAGGUCGAGGAAUGGCGAAAUCCAGAUUAUGACAGAAAUUACAAUUCGCCAUCAAUGAGGCCGCCAGGCGAGCUUCCGGUCGACGCUUUAAGUCCGGGUGUCUCCCAUCGGGCUCAGCUCGUCCUUCAUCUUUUGGUGAGUCUGCUGUCACUGCUUCUUCCAGCCAUCAGAAGGUGAUUCUCACGUCGCGGGAACGGGGCUUCCAGUUCUAGUGUUUAUUGGACGGUGACCAGACCGGAGGCGGCUGCUACCAGUUUCCGGUACGCCGGCUCCGGCUGGAUGAUGGACGAGUGCGACGAAACAAGGCGCGCUUGAAAUUAUUUUCAUACUAAACGUAGACGUAUACAGAGAGCAAAGAAGAUAUAUAUAUAUAUAAUAUAUAUAUAAAUAUAAAUAAAUAUAUAUAUAUAAAUAUAUAAAUACAAAAAAAAAUAUAAUAUGUUGUGUAAGUAUACUUACAGUGAGUAUGAAGGAAAUUCUUAGGCUUUUAUUGAAUGACGAUGAUUUUGUGGCGCGCGACAUCUUUGCAUAUUCGAGGAAAAGACUUCAUCCUCUCUCGUGAUGCGAGAUUUAGAAAAUAAGGAGGGGUGGGAUGGGGAGGGGAAUGGAAAAAAAAAAAAGAACUUUUCGUAUCGACUAGACGAAUUUUUCUGAUCGCGAACGAGAGGAUUGAUCAGCCAAUGUUUUUCAGUCGGUUUCAUCCGCGACACGUCGAUAUAUUCCGAGAAAAGGAUUCGAGGGUUGUGUCGUCUCGUAUUACCGCUUUAAAUGUUCCCGCCAAAAAACGAGUUUUAUAAUCAAACGUGUGUCGCGCGAAUUCUUCUCGAGGCGACUGAGAAUCAUUGGCGCUGAAAAGAAAAAAAAGAGUAGUUUCGUUAGUUUCGUAAGAAUGCGCAAGUUGUCCGAACCGAAACGAGAAUCGAGAGCGUUUCGAAUUUCUUCGUUUCGUCUAACCUACCCGUGUAAAUAUCAUUGAUUUUGAUAAAUCUUUGAGAUUCAGCGUUUCUAGGUAUCUCCUUUCCGAUGUGAAUCACUCGCGGUCUCAUUUCAUUGUCGCUGUAUCGUUCGCGUUGCUUGACGAACAAAAAAGAAGAAAAGAAAAGAGAAAAAAAAAAGAAGAGAGGAAAGAAAAAUCACCCUUUUGUAUAACACGCUCCCUUCGCGAGAAUAAAACGUUCAUUCGUUUAAUUACCAUGAAGGAACAAUUAAAUUGUCCUUGUAAUAAAUCCGAAAAACCGACGAGAUGACAGAGUACGUAAAUUCAUUCGGCGAGAUAAGAAGAUAAAGAAGUAUUAUUUUCAGACGAUUUUACGUACCCUUCAUCUGAAAAAACCGAUCUCAUUGCUCGUUAAACGAACAACCAACAAGACACUCUUGCACUCUGAUUGAAUUAAUGUUAUUGGAAAUUGAGAAUUUUAAAAAUAACCAAUAUUAGAUUUGAUUGGACGAAUUUAAUAAGACGAAGCUUUUCAUAAAAUAAUUUUGAACAGCAAUUUCAAAUAUUUCAAAAGUUUUCCAAUCGAUCCAAUAAUUAUCCAAUUUCAUAUAUCGUCGUCCUCGUUCUUAAUCUUACACGUUCUAUCUUAUCUUUGAAGAAACAUUUAAGAUUCAUAAAAUUCAAUAUUAACAUUAAUUAUACGAUUGCUUUCUCGAUGAAAUUUUUAAUUAUUAUGAUAAAUUUCCGAUGUUUGAAUCGAUGAGAUAUAUUAUUUAAUUAGAAGAAAAAGAAAAUGAAGUAAGAAUCGUUAAGAACCAAGUCGACGACGUAAUCUACAUAAUUUUUAUUUCAAUUCACCAAUACUAUUAAUUUUAAAAUUAUUGUGCAAGAGGAUCUAGCGUUAUUAACAUUCCUCAUCGGUCGUCCGCGUUACACGACUACGCGAUGGAUAUUAGUUGUACUCUAGUCGAGCGAACAAGGCACAACUGUAUUUCGAUACAUGUAAUAAUAUAUACGUACGCAUGAAAGAAUAAAUGAAAGCAUAACUAUAACAUUAUACACAUGAACAUAUACUACAUAUAUAUAUCGAAUCGUAGUUGUGUUGGGAUACAAAAGCGCUCUAAAGUUUCAUGAUGAUUAGCUAUUCGAUUGGCGAAACCGUGCAUGCACUUGAUGCGAAAACGCUAGUCAUAUAUAUAUAUAUAUACACGUAACAAAUAAAAUAUGGCGGACGCGUUCCAGAAAUGCGAUUACAGUACUCUCUCUAAAUAAGACUCCUCUGAAUUAAACUUAUUUUAUUUCGAACAUUUUUUCACCACACCAUUUUCUCUGAAGAAUUCAUAAAAAAGGAAUGACUUUUGUCACAAGAUUCGUCAUAAUUUCAUGACUCGAUCUUAUUCGUGUGAUCAUUCUGUAAUGUAAUUACAGAUGAUACAACGAUUAUAAUAUUUCAUCGAAGAAAUUGUUACAAAUUUAAUCAAAGAGAAAAAGAAGAAACGUUAAAAAAGUUUUUUAAAAGAUUUCUACUCUCUUGAAAAAAAAACGAAGGUUUUUUUUAAUAUAAAUUUUCCAACUAAAAAACGACUCUUUAAAUAGAACCGCGGAUGGAAAGUAGAAAUUUAAAAAGCAAGUUACAGCUUUGAAAGUUUGUGCAAAUUUUACUCGCACAGGCUAUUGGUAGAGAUAUUAUAUUUCCUGGAAAAAUAUUUUUCUUCGGUAUCACGAUCAGUUUAACACACUUAGCGUGGACGUACCCAUUGUAUAGAUUCCUUACCUAAGAAACAUUUUGCGAUACAUAUAUCAAACGGAAGUGACGUAUUCAAAUCAAGAAGACUCAUACGAAACGUUAACCAAUUGAUUCAAAUCCAUCGCUUAAAUCGAUGUAUGCAUUACAAUAUUUUUAUUUCUACGAUAUAAACCCACAACGUGUACAGCUGCAUCAUGAAUCUUUUUCUAAAAAAAUAUAGAAGAUGAAAGAUAGAAAAAAUAAAUCAAGUAAAUAUUUUAUAUCUUCACUAAAGAUGUUUAUCAUCGACGUGUGCAACGAUUUUAAACUUGGUGCAUUUUUCGCCACUCAACAACUGUUUCUUGCAUUUAUAAAAAUUAAUAAUAAUAAUAAUAAUAAUUGAUGUAAUAACGUCAACGGCGCUUUUCGAUUUUUGGUGCCGCAUUGAGAGUAUUUAGAGGGAGUAUUGUACGAAAAAAAAAAGAAAAAAGAAAAAACGAGCGUUUUGCGUGUCACCGCUUGUAUUUUUAAAAGCGGAUAAACGCCGGUAUAGGUUGAUGAUGUUGCGUAGCCCCGAAUCAUCGAUCGGACGGUGUCUUCGUACAAAGAGAGCUUCGUCGUUUCAGUUUUAAUUAUGCAUCAGAUACAUCAGUGGGAGAUCUGUCCUCCUAUUACGGCUACAUAAAUAUAUGUCGACGACAAUAUUUUUAGCUUUAACGAGACUUAAAGUAGAUUUAACGAUCUGUAGAGCGAAUAAUGCAAGAGGAAAUUCAAUUGAACCGUGAAUGCAAUUUUUGGAUAGAAUCCAUGACCCAUUUUUCUUUCGUGUAUUUCAUUCUACAUCAACUUCCUGUAAUCUACUUGAUUCGCAUAGUUUCGUGUAAAUACUAGAGAAAUAGGAAGCUUUCAAAAAUAUUUUGUAACUAUAUCUAUUUGUAAACGGAAGUUUCCCCAAGUCUAUUUCGAGUUUCGUUCGAGUCUAUCGUGAAAGUGGUAGAAAAGGUUAGGUAUGCUGCACUCGAGGAGUAUCGAAUCAUCCAUCUUUAUUGGAAAAUUUAUAAACGUUCGUCGUUUCCUUUCUUAAACAUUUUUCUUAUUUUUGGAAACAAUCCUUCGAUCACUUGAAAAAAUAUAUUGGUAAUAAAUGAUAAAAUGGAUUAAACAUUUUUCUCCUAAAAAUAAAUUCAUCCUAUUUAUUUAUAUUUAUUUAAAUUACCAAUACUUGAUAAUCUCCAAUUACAAAUUAUUAAAAAUUCAUUUAUAUAUAAUCAUUUUCAGAAGAUUAAAAUUUAAAGACUUUUCAAAAAUUAAUUCAGAAUUGAUAGAAGAAAAAGUUCAAGUUUGCUAUAACAUUUUCAAUCAAUCAAACAAUUUUGGAAUCUUUCUCCAUAAAAUUUCCAUAAAAGAUAAGUGAUUCGAAGCUCUGUCGACGAACUGUACGUUUAAAAAAAAAAAAAAAAGAAAAUCAACGAGGCAUUCAAUUUUAGAAUCACGUAAUUCGGAAUUCGAUCGUUGCACGAACGAUAAAGAAACGCGUCUUCGCCGAUUGAUUGUUCUGUAAAUAUUGUAGAUACGUUAUGCUGUGAUCAAUACGAAUCGUCGUCUGUUAAUCGGUGUGAUGAUUCGAGGCUGCGAAUUGUUAAAGCAAAGUGCAAAGAAAAAUGGCGAGUGUUGUGAAUAAGCGUAAUAAUAUUAAUAAGCGACCGUACGAAACGUUAUGGCGAUGAUCGUGUGAGAACAUCGUUCAGUAGAAGAUGAAAAAUGACGAGAAAAAGAAAAAAAAAAAAAACGAAUCGAGGCUACAGCGAUCAUAGAUAUGUCGUAUUGAAUUAUUAUUAUAUUAACGUUAUUAAUGUAUCGUGCCCGAUAGUUUCACUAUGUCGUACAGUAAUUUUUAAUUGGAUUUACGGCAUCGAAAAUAAUCCGUGGAACGAGAAUCAGGCGAUAGAUAGUGAAAUUGUCGGUCUGAAUAUCUUAAUAAAUCGAAUACAUGACUGCCAUUAUAAA